AUGCCACGUUUUUAAAGGAGACUUAGUUUUAUAGCAAAUAAAUAUCACCGGUUCUUGGGGGGGGGGGGGGGGGGGGGAAAUGAAACCACCAAGUCGAUUUUAGUCAAGUUGUUUCAUGGUCAUCAUUUUUCUAAGUGAUCUGAAAAAGAAAUGUAUGAAAAUGCGUCUGAGAAUAAAACCGUGGUUACAAUUCUAGAAAAGUACUUCGGGCGAAACACAAUCAUGUCAAAUCCAAAAGGUAAGUGGAGCUGCAGUGUUAACACAGAAAUGUUUGACACGUCGAGUGACACACCGCGGCAUGAUUUGUAUCAUUGGGCGGCUUCAUGACAAAAUGCUGCAAAUAAAAUUGGGGGACAGGUCUCAAGUGUAAACAUUUUGCUCGGAGAAGAAAAGAAUUCCAUACGAUGUCUUAUUCAAAGCACAUUCCAUGAAUCGUUUGUGCGGGUUUUACUAGGCCGCCAUCUCGCGGUGACUGCAGCUCAGUGCACCUAUGCUGCUGUUUUGCCUCCUUUUACGCUUCCAAAAUGAUUCUUUUGCCGUGUGUAUGAUUUCAUCCUAGUUUUGGUUUCGUGUGGCGGAGACAGGAAGUCCAUAGUAUUUUUGACACCGUGGACUGUAACUUUGCUGCUCUCAAUCGGUCGCCACAAGCAGUGCAGCCUUCAAGUGCCUGUCGACGACUUUUCCCACGAUGCUUCUGUGCGCUUGCCAGCCGGAUGGAGUCCUUCAAAUCAAAGUUUGACGAGGACGACUGAAAACAGCUUUCUUCCUUCCUGGAGAUGGACGCGCAAAUCCGCAGCUGGCUGGGCUCGGUUCGGAAAGGAUGAGGAUGACGAAAGAGUGAAGAUGGAGAUGAGGAUGAAGAUGAGGAAGAUGCUGAUGAUGCUGACGUGUGCCGCGCUUUGGCCCCGUGCCGCCGCCAUCGGCACAGGUGUCGGCGAGUGGGCGGAGCCGUCGUGGGCCUCGACGGCAUUGGCGUGGGUGUCGGGUGUGGUCGGCCUACUGUUGGUCCUGCUGAGCUGCCUGUGCUGCAAGAAGACCCGCAGCGCCCGAUUCAAGGAGUUCCGCAACCUUCCUGAUGGCGAGGCGGACCGCACGCAUGCCUUCACGCCAGCCUCGCCGGCCAGCCCCGAUGUGUAUGUCCUGCCCCUCGGCGAGGUGGCACUGCCCCUCGCCAGAAGGGCGGCGCCACCGGCUGAGAUGGAGUACACAGCACAUGCAGCGCACCACCUGAAAUGGUCCGGCCUGAGCCGCCACAGUCUGCUCUACCUGAAAGAGAUCGGCUGCGGCUGGUUCGGGAAGAUAACAUCUUCUUCUCUCCAUCCUCGUUUUCAUCAUCAACAUCUGCGUUAUCUUCAUGACUGGGUUCUUCUGGGGGAGGUGAAUGAAAACCUGAGGACCAAUCAGGUGGUGGUCAAGGAGCUGAAGGCCAGCGCCAGCAUCAAGGAACAAAUGCACUUCCUGGAGGAAGUGCAACCCUACCGGGUGCUGCAGCAUUCGGCUCUUCUGCAGUGUCUGGCCCAGUGCACCGACGUCGCGCCCUUCCUGCUGGUCAUGGAGUUUUGUCCGCUGGGCGACGUGAAAGCGUACCUGAGGAGCAGCAAGUGCACGGACGGCGUGGGCGCCCCCGAGCCGCUCAUCCUCCAGCGGAUGGCUCGCGACAUCGCUUCAGGACUCAAGCACCUCCACGCGCAUAACUUCACUCACAGCGACCUGGCUUUGAGGAACUGCCUUCUGACCGCUGACCUCACCGUGAAAGUGGGCGACUACGGCCUGUCCCACACCAAGUACAAGGACGACUACAUGGUCACCCCUGACCAGACGUACGUGCCGCUUCGCUGGAUUGCUCCUGAGCUAGUGGACGACGUGCGCGGAAACCUGCUGGUGGCCAAGCAGACGCGACCGAGUAACAUCUGGUCUCUGGGCGUGACCAUCUGGGAGUUGCUGGAGCUGGGGAAGCAACCCUACAGCCUUUACUCUGACCGGCAAGUUUUGUCCUACGCCGUGAGGGAGCAGCAGCUGCGACUGGCCAAGCCCGUACUCCAAGUUCCUCUGGCUGAACGCUGGUACGAGGUGAUGCAGUUCUGCUGGCUCCCGCCCGAUCAGAGGCCCAAUGCCGAGGAAGUUCACCUGCUCUUGAGCUAUCUGUGCGCUAAGGGUGCCAGUGAGGCCGAGGAGGACUUUGAGAGGCGCUGGAACUCCAUGCGCCCCGUCGCCGGACACGGCAUCCAUCGCGGUCCCACACUGACGACUCAUGAGCAGCCUUCAUCCACUUUGGCAUCUUUCCCUCUCCUCCAGCAGUUCUCACCCGCUGACGGCUACCACUCGGAGUCCGGGGAUGACGUUUUGACCAUCACCGAGACCAGCCAGGGCCUGAACUUUGAGUACAGGUGGGAGCAGGCCAGGGCGGAAGAGUCCUACAGAGGCCCGGACUCCUCAAGUGCCCUCAGUCACAUCAAGUGUCCCGAAGCUGUUUAUCCUCCGGCGGGCAUUGUGGGAGGCUGCCCCUUGGGGAGUCUGAACCACAUCGUUUCUCCACCUUACUACCAGCCAGAACACCUGCAUGCUCCAGGCGUCCUUCCCGUCUUCGGUGCCCACAGCCCAUCGGUCAACAGCGAAUUCUAUGUCCGCAUCGAAGAACCGGUGGACUGUAACAUCGAGCCCGACUACACCAUGUGCUCCUACAGUCCAGACUACCAGAGCAGUGGAAGUUUCCUGACUGGGAGCGCCGACUCGGGAGACUGCAUGGUCUGUCCGUCACAAGUUAAGAACUGUGACGCCUACUGGCCAGCCGAUAUCCACAACGUCGAUGUUUACGACUCCAAUGACUCGAGUCCUGCCAUCUCCCUAACAAUGGAGCCCCUCCUAGGUCAGGUGUGUGACGACAGCCCCCUACGCCCCUGGGAGUCAAGUCACUAUGUGUCCUACAAAGACCGAGAUGGAGGUUACUAUUACGAGAACUCCCCGCCUGUGGACUUGGACCGCUAUCUGAUGGGAGGAGGGCUAGCCACCGAGCAUCUUCCAGAAAGUUGGGGGUCAAGGAGCCUUCGCCAGGCAUUGGGCGAGCUGGAGAACCCGGCGGGAAUACCCAAGUCCCUCAAUCGUCCGUCAGAACAGGUCUGCAGAGGCUCAUACCUGGACCUGGACCCGAGCCACUCCUCCAUCAUCGGCAAGACCGUGACCGGAGGCUACUACGACAUGAUGGGCUCCCUGAGGAAAACCAUGCCGAGUCACGGCGGGCACGGCUCGGUCAGCAUUAACAUGGAGACCGAGAGGGCACUCUUCGUGGGGCGCGGCGAGAGCGAUUCGGCGGAAGAUGAAGAGGAGGACAUAUUCAUCGAGAAGCACACGUGCAACACUUGGCCUUCCAAACAUCGCCACAGAAGCGUCGGCAACCAAAGACGAGCGAGUCAGAGUUGCGGACGGGAUCCGUAUGUGGACUUUCACUACACCAUGCCCAGCACGGACAUCGAGGACUCCUGGCCGGAGGAGCUUGGCCUGCAAUACCACAGCCUGCCGAAGAGCGUCGCCUACCCGGAACCGCGCCGGGCUAAAGACAACGGCAGCUGGCGCGGUCGACAACCCCCCGUUGUGUCGCCGGACCGCUGUGACGCUUUGGCCUGCUUGUGCCACCAGAGUGACACCCGCGUGGUGCCGAGGGAGUGCUGCUACCCGCACUUUGUCGACCCGCUCACGGGCUCGCUGGCGAGUAACCACUACGGCUACAACCACGACAAAGUCAUGGACAUCCCGAGCAGGGACGAGCUGAUGAACCUCUCACCGGCACCGGGAGGCCCGGUUGUGUCCAAAACCGCCCCGAUCGAGCCCGAUGGUGGCAAGGAGGAAGAAGCGACGAAGCGAGACAUCAUCGCGGAACAAUCUCUCGUGACCAAGCCCACCACGGAAGAGACGACCCAAAGUCUUGCGCCGCCCGCAGAUAACGAGCACGUGAUGGUGGUCCUGACGGAUCCGCAGUCAGAGACCAGUCAAGCGGGAGACAGCGGUUUGGACCGAGGUGGUUCCAGCGUCAGCCUCACGGACAUCCUCGACUGUAGCGACAACGAAGGCGAUGACUUCACGGAUGACAUCACCGAUAUCACCUCGGGGAUCUUUGCCGAGGAGUCCGGCGAGCUGAGCGCUUCCCCCGCCUUCAAGUCGCUUCAGAAACAGGUAGGAACGCCAGAUUCCAUCGAGUCCAUGGAUCUGCUACCCGUUGCCGGAUCUUGUGAGGGCUCGGGCACCACCUUACGCCCUUCCUGCUCCCCCAAAGCCAUGGACAGCGGCUAUGACACGGAAAACUAUGAAAGUCCCGAGUUUGUCCUAAAAGAACCUCAUGAAUCCAAAGACCAAGAUGUGCCUCAGCCAGCGGUCCGCGCGAGCCCGACGGAGGACCGCGGCGUCUGUGCCCCGAAGGACCAAGCGUCUUGUGAAGACCCGCCGCUGAAGUCGUGCGAGCACACCUACUUGCCGCUGAGCCAAGAGACUCCGUACAGGGACUCGGCCUACUUCUCCGACUACGAGAAUGAGCGGCAGGUGAGGAAUGAGCAGGAGGAAGGGCAGCAAACAGACGAUAGUUGUGAUGAUGAAGAACCGCCGACAGACACUGUGAGGGCUCCAGGAAGGCCACCUGGGGAGGAUCGUUUGCCAGAACCAAGCGGAACGUACCAAACCGAAGACUGUCCCCAUGUUGAAUCGUUGGAUGGUGGCCUGGAUGAGUGGCCCUCCCAGGAGGAGAACUCGUCCCUUGAAGACUGGGCGGCAGAGGUGGUCGGGGCCAUGGAGGAGGCUCUCGAUGCCCUGAAUGGAGAACAGAAGUCCGCCGCCGGCAUGCUAGCGGAGGAUCUAGGAAAAAGGGGGCCAGUUAAGGACAAAGCUUUCGGGACGGAGGUGCUGCACAUCUUACCCAAAGACGAGGUGGCCUUGCAGCACGCCGCCAAUUUCAGGAGGUCGUCUUUGUCUUCGCCGCCACCUCAGCCUGUUCCGGCAGAAAGCGGCGGUGAGACGGACAGGGAGGACGGCGACUCGGACGACAGCGACGCGUCGGAUGAGGAGCCGCGCACCUUCGGCGUCCGGGAGGAGGAGGAAGAGGAGAGCGAGGAUGAAUGCCACCCGGUGCCCAUCGUGGUGAGCGACGAUAGCCACGCCCACACGCUGCGAGGCCUCCUCAAGACGCCCGGCAUCCUGUCGCUACAUGAGGAGCUGGAACGCAGGAAGAGGAACGUGUCCUUCUUUGAUGAUGUUACGAUCUAUCUCUUUGAUCAGGAGAGUCCCACCAAGGAGCUGACUGCACACGGGUUCCCUUUGGCCGUCGAGAGCUCAGCCAGCAAAUCCCCCGAGAGGCUCAGCGCGUCUGACGACGCCUCGGACGGGAAUAUCUCCGAAGAGAGCGCAGGCUUGGAGUGGGAGGACGACUUCCCCCUGUUGCCGCUGCCGACGUCCUCGGCCGCCUCGGACCCGCCGCCCGUCUGCGUUCCCGGCGCCGAGGGGACCAAGUCGACCACCCGGUUCUCCCGCUUCACCGUAUCGCCCUCCGUCGUGUCCCGCUUUUCCAUCACGCACAUCUCCGACUCAGAUAUGGACUCGGCGGGAGGGAGCAGCGAGGACGGCGACAAAGAGUGACUGCCGAACAUUCGCCAACCUUUGGGGGAAUAUUUUAUCAGGCAACUCGAGGAAAGACCGGAAUUCUACGAGCAUCGCGUUGAGACUUUGGUGGAGCUUUAAAAAGUACAAGGUGACCUUUCAGAGACAAAUGUAAGACGUGCAUGUUGGGAAAACGUCCACAAAAGUUUGAAACGGCUUCGAGGACAUGGCUUGGAAAUUGGACAUUUAUUGUAUUAUAUAUUUUCCCAGCGUGAGAGGCGGUGUUCUUCUGAACGAAUCAAGUUAUAACAUUCGCCGAAGCUGACAAGGUAUCCCCCCCCCCCGACCCCCAGAGUUGGACAGCUGCGCAAUAACGCAAACGAGCCGCCGAUAAUACUGAUGAUAAUCACAAUAAUAAUACGAGUACUGUAGUCCAAUUUAGGGGUAGGGUGGGCAAAGUGUAGCCCGCGGGCCUCCUCCCUCCUGUAAUCGGGGCCCACCGAGCAUUCGCGUGCAUCGGUUUCGCUUUGAUUUGGCCAGGAGAGGCAUGCUGCUGAGAACAGAUUGCGGUUUGCA